GUGCAGCUCGCUCCCAACUUAGAGCUUCGCCGUGACGUUUCCAGCGCUGUCAGGCUGCUAACACACCAACUAUAAACAACUAUACCGACAGUGAACCAGCCCAUGCGAAGAUGAACAAACCAGACCCUAUGCCACCAAUUUGAUUGUCGCAAGAACCUAAGCAUACAUCAUGGCCUUGCUUUUGUGGAAGCAAUUCGACUUCUUCGACGUCAAGCAGGUCAAGCUCGGCGACGACGAGACGCGAUCGUUCUUUGAAAACAACGAGAUAUCGAGUGUCUGCUCCGGAUCCGAUAGUCUAUUUCUCGGAAGCGAUAAUGGAUAUGUGCGCAUUAUCGGACCUAGCUGGAAGAUCGUUAGGAGCUUCCAGGCUCAUGAGACUGGCCGCAUUACGCACAUGCGCCAGGUCGAGGGGACGAGUUUGCUAGUUACUGUUUCGGAGGACCUUAGUAGCGAGCCGGUGUUGAAAGUUUGGGCACUGGAUAAGCCGGUGAAGAAGACGGGAUUGCCUACUUGCUUGAGCACGUUAAACAUAAACAAUGGACGGAAGCAAUUCCCGAUAUCCUCUUUCACCGCGCUCGACGACCUCUCACAACUUGCUGUAGGAUUUGCAAACGGAGCCGUUACGGUUAUACGCGGUGAUCUCAUACACGACCGAGGCACGAAACAACGAAUCGUUUACGAGUCUGAAGAACCGAUAACCGGAGUCGAAUUUGUAGCCGAUCUGAAGCUUACGAUCCUAUUUGUUGCGACAACUUCCAAACUUCUAAGAUUGGUUAUAUCGGGGAAAGGCCAAGGGCAGCCACCGAGGACGAUAGAAGAUGCUGGGUGUGCGGCAGGUUGUAUGACGGUAAACAGCAAGACUGGAGAUAUCAUCGUGGUCCGGGAAGAUGCUGUCUACUACUAUACGUUGGAGGGAAGGGGACUCUGCUUCGCUAAUGACGGAGCUACGAGUUUAGUCUCGACCUUCCAGGACUAUGUUGCCCUGGUCUCGCCACCUCCGGUUUCUGGAAGUGCAGGAUCCGACAGCAUUAGGAGACGCUUCGGAGGUACUAAUACGGAAUCCCUUUUCAACGCAGCUAGGUUUACGAUGGUGGAUCCAACUCUUCAGAUUGUUGCUCAUUCCGAGUCUCUCAUCUCGGAAGUCAAAGCUAUCAUCCAAAUAUGGGGAGACAUAUAUAUUCUGACGCAAGAUGGAAAAGUUAAUCGAUAUCACGAGAAGUCAUUGCAGCAAAGACUAGAGUUAUUGUACCAGCGAAACCUGUUCCCACUGGCGAUCAACCUGGCACAGAAAUCCGGCAUGGAUUCACAACAGCAAAAUGUCAUUUAUCGGAAGUAUGGCGACCAUCUUUAUCAGAAGGGAGACUACGAUAGCGCCAUGUCUCAGUAUAUCAAAGCUAUUGACAAUACAGAACCUUCACAAGUGAUCCGAAAGUUCCUUGAUACGCAAAGGAUACAUAACUUAAUCGAAUACCUCGAGGAGUUACAUGAACGACACAAAGCGACCGCGGACCAUACGACCCUGUUACUUAACUGCUAUGCGAAGUUAAAGGAUGUGGACAAGCUGGAGAAAUUCAUCAAAUCUGAAGGAGAUCUUAAGUUUGAUUUAGACACUGCCAUAACUAUGUGUAGGCAAGGUGGUUACUUCGAACAGGCAGCUUAUCUUGCUACAAAGCAUGGCGAGAAUGACUUAGUGGUGGAUAUCCUGAUUGAGGACUCUAAGAACUACGCCGAAGCUCUCGACUUCAUAUGGCAUCUAGAUUCUGAGACAGCAUAUCCAUGUUUGAUGAAGUAUGCGAGAGUACUAUUAGAAAACUGCCCGAGCGACACAACGAAAAUAUUCAUUGAUUACUACACUGGCAAGUAUAAGCCUAAAGUUCACUCAGCACCAACAGAAGAAACGCAGACAAUUUCCAGUGGCGGUUUGGCGGCUGGAGCUGCAAUCGCCGUGCAAAAUCUAACUAGUUUACUACCACUCCCAUAUAUGAACACAUCCUCAGUUCCCACGCCUACUGGUCAGGGAUCGCAAGGCACUGUUAGCGAUGUUGGUGCUGUGGUAGAUCCCGAUGCGAACACUGAACAGAAAUAUACCCCACCACCUCCCCGAACAGCAUUCUCAUCAUUCAUCGACCACUCAGACGAAUUUAUCGUCUUUCUCGAAGCUUGCCUAAAAGAAAGCUCUUUCAAAGAACCAGACAGGGUAGACAUAUAUACGACCCUAUUCGAAAUGUACCUACACAAAGCUAGCGAACGGAAGGGUAUGCAAAGAGAGGAAUGGGAACUUAAAGCGAAGAAACUCAUCGAAGGCCGUGAGGUACCUAUCGAGAAUUCAAACGUUCUUCUACUUUCCCAUCUUUCAGAUUUCCGAGAUGGGACUACCCUAGUCAAGGAGCAGUCCGGUCUGCUGUUUGAUAUCUUCCGUUCUUACACCUCUGCUAAGGAUACGCGAGGUGCUAUCAAAGCUCUUCGAAAAUACGGACCUGAAGAACCACAGUUAUAUCCUGCGGCGCUUGCUUACUUUACCUCGGACGCCAAAAUCCUUGAGGAAGCUGGCCCGGAUGAGCUAGCGAAUGUGCUUAAUAAGAUUGACCAUGACGGUUUGAUGGCGCCGCUACAAGUUAUACAGACACUGGGUUCGAAUGCGGUGGCCACAAUGGGUAUGAUCAAGCCUUACCUUCGCGAUACAAUCACCAGAGAACGGCGAGAAAUUGCUUCGAAUAGACGGCAGAUCAAUUCUUUCCGAAAAGAAACGGAAGCGAAACGUGCCGAGAUCCUGGAGCUUGGCGCUAAACCGGCUGUUUUCCAAGCGCAAAGGUGUCCUGGCUGCGGUGGCUUACUCGAGUUACCAGCUGUACAUUUCCUCUGCAAGCAUAGCUUCCACCAGCGUUGCUUAAAGCAGAGUGAGGAUGGCAGCGAAGUGGAAUGCCCGGUGUGCGCCGUGAAUAAUGCGGCAGUAAGGGCAAUGAAGCGCAGCCAAGAUGAGCGCGCGGAUCGGCAUGAUUUGUUUAAAGAUGCAUUGGAGAAAGGAGAUGAUCGAUUCAAGACUGUUGCGCAGUGGUUUGGUCAAGGAGUCAUGGGUGCCGGCACGGUGGAAUAGCGUUGUCACCGUUGAAGUUUGUGUAAUCCAUGAUGAAGAUGAUGUCCUAUAUGUGGGGGUAUCGUGUCUAUAUGCAGUUGCUGGGUUAUAAGUUUAUAGUUGGUGUAUGAUAUGAUACAGAAGUAUUAACACAUAUUUUAUACCCCGAUUUUAGUUUCCAAAAUUACCAUAUAAGUUCUAAGAUCAAAAGUGAUAUUUAAAUCCCGCCGCCGACUCCAAAUAAACCAUUCAGCCAUUUGCCAACGGGCUCGUUAC